GAGAAAAAUCGAAGAAACCAGAUGAAAUUGCUGUAUUCCAACCUCAAUUCUCUCCUCCCACCCAAUAAAUCCACUGAUUCGCCAUUGACGGUGUCGGAUCAGAUAGAGGAAGCCAUUAAGUACAUAAAAUCACUUGAGAUGAAGCUGCAGAAGUGCAAGGAGAAGAAGGAGAGAAUUCUGGCAAGGUUGAAUAUGUCGUCGGCGCUGUCGGACGGAGCGUCGACGAAUAAUAAUUCGCCUGAAUUGAGAAUCAAAGAGAUGGGUUCGAUUGUGGAGGUUGUUUUCACAAGAGGGUUUGAGGAUCAAUCUUUGUUUAAUGAGCUUAUUGGCGUCUUUCAUGAGGAGCGAGCGGAGAUCAUUAAUCUUAAUUAUUCCGUUCAUGAGGACAUGUUCUUGUAUUCGAUCCAUGCAGAGAUUGAAGACGUGGUGUACGAAUUGGGAGCGAAGAAACUAGUGGAGAGGCUGAACAAAUUAGUUUAUGAAUGGAAGAGUGAUGCUGAAAUGCUGGCCGGAGGAGCUUCUUCAAGCGGCCAUGGGGGAACCCAUCCGCCGGCGAACAUUCCGACGAUGAGUUCCGGUCGCCAUUUCUAG